GCCAUUCUUCUAAUUCAUUCAUGUGUUCGUCAGUUGAGGCGGUGUUUCGUGUCAAUGCUUUAGUUAGCUUGUGGCAUGCAUUUUGGAAGUCAGUGUGUACAGGCUUGGACCGUGUCUAAGAUCAACUUGGUGCAGGCGUGCGCAUAGAAGACAGUGAUCAGAGCAAGCAUGUCCGGCAACUACUACUUCGCCAUCGUGGGGCACUUGGAUAAUCCGCUCUUCGAGAUGGAGUUUUCUCCCUCCAACAAGGAGCCCAAGAAAGAAGAGCACCGCCACCUGAACCAGUUCAUCGCACACGCCGCGCUAGACUUGGUGGACGAAAGCAUGUGGACCAGCAACAACAUGUACCUCAAGAUAGUCGACAAGUUCAAUGAAUGGUACGUCUCAGCGUUCGUCACGGCUGGUCGUAUCCGCAUGGUCUGCCUUCAUGACGUUAAGAACGAAGACGGCAUCCAGAAAUUCUUCGUAGAGAUGUACGAAACUUACAUCAAACACUCUAUGAACCCGUUCUACGAGCCCAACACUCCUAUCAACUCGCCCGCGUUUGAGAAGAAAGCUUCAAUUUACGGACGGAAAUACCUCACGGGUUGACAUCUUCAUUGUUAUUACAUGAACAUACAAACCUCUAACUCGUUAUUAUUUGACUCUUUGUUAUUAUUAUUUAUUAUUAGAGUUAUUCACAUUCCCUAAGCUAAUGUAGAACAUCACUGUCAGAUCUGUUUUUGAUGGCACGGCAUUUUUUGGAUCGCCGUAGGUUUUUAUAUUAAAAUAUUUUGGAAGACUGAAUUUUGACAACCAUUCAUUGCGUCAGAAAUACAAAACCAGAUUUCAGUCACUU